AUGAAUGCCGUAUUAUAUGGAUCCAAUAGUCCUAUAGAUGUCGUUGUUGGUAUUGACAAUUUCACAUUUGAAUUGAAAGCCGGUCAGCCAUUCGGUGGUAUAAAGAAUAUAUCACCAGGUAUCCAUGUCUUGCAUUGGGGAGAUGAUUCUAUGAGGUAUGGUUAUUGGUUUGAUGUCAAAAAUCAGUAUCAAAUUGUAUACCGUGAGAGGUUCGAACUAGUUCCAAAUACUUCAAUUGAAUAUCAACAAGAGGUGGCAUCACAUCUUCAAUUUAUGGUUACUUAUCCAAGGGAAGGACCAUGGGGAGAACUUUCACGUUACGUUUCUCUUGAACAAGCCCAGAUGAUUACAGGUGAUAGUAGGGCAUACGCGGAUUCCUCGAUGACGAGUUUAGAGGAGUCCCAAAUGUUACAAAGGACUCUGUCUCAAGGAUCAAUGGAUAUUCCCAAUAGCGAUCCGGUAUUUCACUUUCAUACCAUAAAAUUUAAAUCUUUAGAAGCCAUAAGGGAGGAUCAUAAAGCGGAAGAUUUCAUGGAUAAAUCGUAUUAUUUGAACCAGGUUUUAUUACCUGAGCAUUAUGGGAACCAUUUCGAUCGUUUACUAGGCGAAUUGCAAUUCGCCUUUCUAAACGUUAUGGUAUUCGGUAAUUACGGUUCUAGCUUGCAAUGGCAUUCGAUUGUUGAAUUGAUAUCAUUCAGUUCACGUGUGAAUAAGGAUACCAUAAGGCGUUUUGAUGGGAUUCUUUCUCUACAAAUAGAUAAUUUACAACAAGAAUAUGCGGAUUUUUUGCUCAACCCAUCAGUGUGGUUUAGAGUAUUGAACGACUCUCAUCAGGGCCAUAACUUGUCACUGACUCGAAGAACCUUUUCAAAUCGAGGACCGGAUCUUCUCGAAGAUGCAGGACAAGAUGCCAAUGACCCAGAUCAAUACUCCGACGAGUAUGAGCCAACGGUAGUAGGAGGGGUCUACUACUGUAGGCAGUGA